UUCACAUCUCAUUCCAUAUUUUCGGGUCACAUUCUCAAAUUAUUAUAACUAAUUUCGUCAUGUGAAGAUACGUUCAUAAGUUCCUUAAUUUUCUUGAACCUUUAUUUUCAGCUCCCAACAAUAAUGGCUUCAAUGGCAUCUUCAAGCUCCUUCUGCAACCUCAAGUUUAUCACCAAACCCAACAACAAUGGUAGAACCAAUGCUUCUUCUCUUCCCCGUAUUGUAUUCUGUCAGAAGCACAACGAUGACACCCCCACCGACCAAAUCAACCGAAGAGAACUCAUAUUGAGAAGCAGUGAAAUAGCGACCAUUGGUGCCAUCUUCAACUUCGGUGGGAAAAAACCUGAUUAUCUUGGAGUGCAGAAAAACCCACCAGCAUUAGCUCUGUGUCCGGCAACUAAGAACUGCGUGUCAACCUCUGAGAAUAUCAGUGAUCGCACACAUUAUGCUCCUCCAUGGAACUAUAAUCCUGAAGGUAGGAAAAAACCUGUGAGCAGGGAAGAAGCAAUGGAGGAACUUAUAGACGUGAUAGAAUCAACAACACCAGACAAAUUUUCACCACGGAUAGUUGAAAGGAAAGAAGACUAUAUUCGUGUGGAGUACCAAAGCUCAAUCUUGGGGUUUGUGGAUGAUGUUGAGUUCUGGUUUCCUCCGGGUAAGGGUUCUACUGUGGAGUAUCGUUCUGCAUCUCGGUUGGGAAACUUUGAUUUUGAUGUGAACAGAAAAAGAAUAAAGGCACUGAGACAAGAGUUGGAGAAGAAAGGAUGGGCAUCUCAAGACACCAUAUGAUGAAAAAACUUAGGCAGAAUUCACAUCAGCAUCUAAGAAAAUAUUGUUUCAUAUACAUUGUAACCUUGUAUACUUUUGUAUUAGAUACAAAAUCUCACAAGAUCAUUGAAAGCAAACUCUUCAUGAUUAUUG